GCCCCCCCCCCCAGUGCAGUUCCUCGGCAGAGAGACGGCGCCUCCACCGGACGGCAUCUGAGGACACACCAGCGCACUCCAAAAUGGCGAACCGCGACAAGGAGCUGGAAGACGAGAUUUACGACAAGGUCGUGGACCUGACGGAAUACGCCAAACGUCAGCGAUGGUGGAACCGCCUCUUCGGGAAGAACUCGGGCCCUUUGGCGGAGAAGUACUCCGUGGCCACACAGUUGGCCAUCGGGGGAGCGAGUGGAUGGUGUGCGGGGUAUCUCUUUCAGAAGGUCGGAAAAGUUGCCGCUACAUCUGUAGGAGGCGGUCUUCUGCUGCUCCAGAUAGCCAACAAUAGUGGUUAUAUCCAAGUGGACUGGAAGAGAGUGGAGAAGGAUGUCAACAAAGCUAAGAAGCAGUUAAAGAAGGGCACCAACAAAGCCGGACCGGAGAUAAACACGCUUAUGGAGAAGUCCACAGAGUUUGUGAAGAAGAACAUUGUUGUCACAAGUGGUUUCAUUGGAGGAUUCCUGCUCGGCCUGGCAUCUUAGAGUCUGCCAAAAAAGAAUUCUAUUCCUUUUGAGGUUGUGAGAAAAUCUAAGAAAAUGUUAUAAGUCAUUGCUGAAGGGUGUUUUAAGUUCUUCGACGGCAAGAAACCUAGUUAAGAUUAGCUUGCAGCUCUGUGUUUCUCUAAAAGCCGCGCAUCCGUUUGUCCAAUUUAACACGAUACAUGUGACAAGAACUGUCUAUUUAAAAAAUGGACCAUCUAGGAAAGUAAUGUACAGCAAGGGUUGUGGUUGUUGUCAGAUGAUGUUCUGGUCAUUUUGCCUUCCUCAAGGUCCACAAUGGAUAAUCCGAUCCUUAUGACCCUAAUAAAAUACUUCCUAUUCCAGGCUGAAUAAUGAUCUAAAUCAUGCAAAAUUGUUUUGGUUUAAGUGGUUAGGCUAUCACGGUGUUUAUUUAUUUAUUUUUACCAAGCUGUUAAGUUGAAAUCAAGAAAUAUUAUGUAUCAUUGCCUUGUUGCAAGCAAUUAAGCCAACCGUAAUGCAGCUAAGUGCAAGUUACUUCAUAUUCACCUUCGGGUGGUGUCUGUAGAAUUCCAUCAGUACCUGUGUUGUAUUUUUCUUUUUGAGACACUGAGAUCAACCAUCUUGCAAAAGGAUAAUACAUUUUAUGCCUUUUGUUUUUUGUGAGAGUUGCCACAUCUGAUGGGUUUUAUCUGCCUCCCAUGCAUCUUUUUUUUAAUGUAACUUGUUUAGCAAUGCAUUGAUUCUUUAAGUACUGAAUGCAAUGGUUUGUCUACAAUGCAAGUUUAAUGAACAUAUACAAAUAAAAACAGUUGAAUUCC